AUGGACAGAAAUAGCAGAAUAUACAACUUCGGUCCAGACGGCCGCGACGCUUGUUGGGCUGCAUUGUCGAGUUCGUGGGGCCGUUGUUCGAAUCAGCAAGGAUCAUAUAAUUCGAGGUCGGUCAAUUCAUGUAGGUCAAGCAAAAAAACUAGCGUUUUUAAGACGUCACUGUCUCCACGGCCACAGCCACCACCAUUAUCUUCGCCGAGGGUCAUCAAACGCAAAUCGAGCGUACAACAACCGACGAUAUUGACCAACAAUCGGCUAUCCAGUUCAGGUGAGGUUAUGAAGGUAACAAUUUUGGAACCACCGUCAAGUAAUGAUCAGUGCAACUGCAGCCAGUCUGGAUAUUCAGAACUGCCCGUCGUCAACGGCGUCACGAGCAACAACAAUAACAACAACGAUAAUGACAAAAACAAUCAGAAGUAUGAAGUAUUGGAAACGAUUGACUUCGUUAACCAGAAGCAGCAGCAACUGGUGUGCGUAGCUGACUCCGGAUCUUCGAUAGACAUUACAGAACCGCCCACCGUCUACGCCGAGAAGCCAAUGCUCGUACUACAAAACGAAUGUGAUGACACCAUUUUAUCUGUAUCUAGUCCACCAACUCCGUCCACUGCCAACAAGCAGCCAAUCGAGAGUGCAAAGCAGAUCGAAGGUGACAAAGUUUCAUCCAUGUCCUGUCCACUGACUCUGUCCAAUACCGUCGAGCAGUCAAUUGAGAGUUCAAAUCAGAUUGAAGGUGACAACGUUUCAUCCUUGUCCUGUCCACUGACACUGUCCAAUACCGUCGAACAGCAAAUCGAGAUGGUACAGCAGAUCGACGGUGACAACGUUUCAUCCGUGUCCUGUCCACUGACACUGUCCAAUACCGUCGAACAGCAAAUCGAGAUGGUACAGCAGAUCGACGGUGACAAAGUUUCAUCCUUGUCCUGUCCACUGACUCUGUCUAAUACCGUCGAGCAGCCAUUCGAGAGUUCAAAGCAGAUCGAAUGUGAAUACGUUUCAUCCAUUUCCUGUCCAUUGACUCUGUCAACUACCACUGAACAGCAGAUUGAGAGAGUACAGCAAAUCGAAGGUGAAAACGUUUCAUCCGUGCCUUGUCCAGUGACUAUGUCAAUUGCCAUUGAGCAGCAAAUUGAGAGUGAACCACAGAUCAAAAGCGACCCAGUCAUAUCCAUUUCCAGUCUAUUGUCUCUGUCCAUUGUAGUUGAACAGCCGGUGGUGAGGAAGUUGAUGGCUGAAGUUGUCGUGGCCAACCACAAUAAAGUUUCACCGGUAUUGUCGCCACAGCUUCCACUUAUGACAUCAACCACUUACGAAGAGAACCCGAUAGUCCUUAAAGUUGUCUCGCCGUCGCCGCAGCCCAAAGAUGGCAAUGGUUGUCCAGUUCAAUCGAAUACGGGAAUGAUGGUGCUCUCAGAUAAACCUGCGUUGUCCAACUACGAGAUGAAGAUUAAAGAAAUAGACAACAAAUUAAUUUCGUAUUCGAAAUCGAUACUGUGCACUGUGCUGGUCGUCGUGCUCCUUCGCGUCUUGUUCUGA